AUGCUGGAAUUUGCAGGUAUACUACCUUUUGUUGUUCAAGGCAAUGGAACCCCUUCCCUGCAUCAGAGUUACAACUAUGUUAUUUUGCCUCUUGGCUUCUCUGAUCAAGUCAGCUUCCCAACCAUUAAGCUGCAUCUGGCUGGUAUCCAGUUUGCCCACAUCGAAAACAGCCUUGCAGACCCGUUUGCAGAUGCCCCCCUUCAUCGUUUACUUCUACGAGGCAUCAAGUGGACAAUUGGACUCUCCUUUCGCCGCCGUCUACCUAUCACCAUGUCAGUCAUGUGCCAGCUAAAAGGAGCCUUGGCAAAUGACCCUCAGAUCGUAUCGCAGGACAAACUCAUGCUCUGGUCAGCCUUUACUCUGGUCUUCUUUGCCUUCUUAUGUUCAAGCGAGUUCACCUCACCAUCUUCAGUUCUCUUCAACCUGCUGGUACACCUGUCCCACUCAGACAUCAGUUUUACCUCUGCAGGCUCCUUAUCAUUGCAACUGAAAUCAUCCAAAACUGAUCCCUUCUGGAUGGGCUGUUCCAUUAUGUUCACUCCUUCUGGCCGUUCAGUCUGUGCAGUACAGGCAAUGCAUCGUUACCUGGCUCACCAGCUUUCAGGCAAUUCCACCCCCUUUUAUUUCUUCUCAACAGGGCAAUUUCUCACCAGGGACAAAGUAACCUCAAUUCUGCGCUUCCAGCUUCAACGCUUGGGUUUUGCCACAGAGUCCUAUGCAUUCCACAGUUUCCACAUCAGGGUUGCAACUACUGCUGCAGAGGCCAGCUUGCCCUCUUGGCUUAUCCAAACCCUUGGCUGUUGGUCCAGGAAUUGCUAUACCCAAUACAUCACGACACCUGCUUCAAUACUCUAA